AGUUCCGGGUUUUACGUCUCUUCUCCGGGACAGAAAAGGCAGCGAGUCUGCGCUAUAAUAACUCUCUAAAUCAAUGAUGAUGUCUGCGAAAAGCCACGCGCCGAAGGACCUGGUGGUGGAGAGGCUCGUUGUUGCGGCAGAUGAGAUUUUUGCGCUAUUUGAACGCACAUUUGCGGAAUAUGAAGAGGAGGUUCUGCGGUCCAGAUUUGUGCAACAACCUCGAGAUGUUUUUCACAAAGAAGAUUUCCAUCUCCUUUCAUCGCAGGUACAGGAAGCUAAAGGCAGUGAGUCGUUUAUAAAUAAAUCAAUGAUGAUGUCUGUGAAAACCCAAGCACUGAAGGAUUUGGUGGUGGAGAGGCUUGUUGUCGCUGCAGAUGAGAUUUUUGAACUUUUUGAACGAACGUUUGCUCAGUAUGAAGAGGAGGUUCUGCGGUCAAGAUAUCUGCCACAACCUCCAGAAGUUAUUCACAAACCAGAUUUCCAGACAGUUAUUGUGGGUUUGAAUGUGGGCACUGACCAAGCCAUCAAGAAGGAAUCAAUCAAAAUCAAGCAGGAAGUAGAUCCACCAAUGGAACUCCAGUAUUCAUCUGUAACUGUGAAAUCUGAGGAACAAGACCCUGAGGAGGAGACCAGACCAGACCUGAGCGGAGAGCAGUGCGAUGGAGAGGAGCCAGGUUGCAGCACGGAUUUGAGUUUGGACAAUAAUAGACGACCCUACAGCUGUUCGGACAAUGAUUCAGAUGAGGAAACCACCAAAAGUAAUGGAGAAGAACCUAGCACAAGUCCUGUGAAAGAUACUGCAGAAAACCAUGUAAAUAAUGCAAAUAACAAUUUUAGUAGCAGCACAAUUAUAGUGAGUAACGGUGCAGAAAAGAGAGAUAAACAGCCCAAAUGCAACCUGUGUUAUAAGACCUUUAAAAGUGUAAAAGCUCUUGAGAGACACCUGGAGUUUCACCCAGGACCAUUCACCUGUGAAAUCUGUAACAAAGUCCACAGCGACAGGUCCAAUUACAAAAAACAUCUGCGCAUUCACGCUGAACAGAAACCUUUCAGGUGUUCAGUUUGCGAACGUGGCUUUACACAGAAGCGCCAUAUGAAUGAACAUAUGAGGAUUCACACAGGAGAGAAACCCCUCAGCUGUUCAGACUGUGGGAUGACAUUCAGACAGAAGAAUUCACUUAUGAGACAUGUUCUAUCGAAGCACAGUGAACACAAACCCUACUCCUGUCCCAUCUGUAUGAAAGGUUUUGUGCAGAAGUGGCACUUAGUAGUUCACAUGAGGGGGCACACAGGAGAGCGACCUUUCAGCUGUUCAGUCUGUGAUAGAAGUUUUGAAUCUAAAUGUUAUCUCAAAAAACACAUGGAUCGCAAUCACAAAGCAGACGGUGAGAUCCCCAAUGAGGUGUUAGACAGUGGGUUGUGUCCCACUCUCGACUGGGAGCAGGAGACAUUAGAUGAAAGCUUAAUACAAAAUAAUAAUACAUUUUAAGUAAAGGGACAUUAUUGUGGUAUUUUCUGAUCUAUGUUAUACUGUUAUCUCCUCAUCACAAACAGACCUGGAGUUGCAUUUUGUUUCAUUCACACACGUUUAAGGCAUAAACCCUGCAUAUUUAGGCUGAGUUCUUCUCUCAAAACAAAAACACUAGGAUGUCAUGGGGUAAUACAGAAAGUGCUCCACUGUUUUUUAAACUCCCUAAACCUUCACUAGAAUCAUUUGAAUAAUUUCUCAACUAAACAAAAGGUAAAGGGUAGCUGUUAACUUCAUAACUACCACUUCAUGACAUCACAAGGUGGAGUAGAGUAUUUUGAGCUUUGAAGAUGUCGACAGACUAAUAAUAAAGUGUUACUCAAACAUGUGUGAAUGAAACAAAACACAACUCCAUGUAUGUUUUUGAUGUGAUAACAAAUGUUUUAACAAGAAUUAAAGCUCUAUAUAGGAGCUUUUUAAAGAAGUCUUUCUGGGCACUCAAGGACACAAUUUAAACAACAAUUAAUAAACAACUAAAACAUAAAUAUAUUUAAACACAAACUUACAAAUUAGAAAACGUUGCAAGUUUCAGGUUUCCAAUCUAAUUACAAAGACCAAGAAAUUAUUGCGCUCCAAACAUAGAGUUUGAGAAGGAGCAUCAAAAAACAGCAGUUACAGUGGAAGUCUGCCAUGUUUAUGGCAGUAGUCCAGAACUCUCAUAGAGUUAUAUUAGUCAAAACAAUAUUAAAAAGUAAACAAAAACGCAGUGGAACAAUCAAAGUGCUGGGUCAUUGCUGGUAAAUACAUCCCAGGCAAGUUUAUUUGUAUAGCACAGUUCGUACACAAAGUAAUUCUAAGUGCUUUACAGAAUAAGAAAGGCAUUAAAAUUACAAUGCAAACAAAUCAAAACAUAAAUAAUUACAAAUAUUCAUAAAAUGAACACUUGAAUGAAUGCCAAGGUUAGUAUUUAGCAUCUUAAAUUUUGAUUGGUUUAAUUUUGGGCUCAUAUGUUGUGUUCUGUCACAGUCCUGAGCUCUAUAGGAUUGUUAAGUGUGAUGUCACUUCCCAGUCCAUCAGCUGAUUGAAAAUAAUGUUUACUUUUUUGGUUUUUUUAUGUUUUUGUUUUUUUGUGAUGUGAUAGAAAGUGUAUGAGGGAGUUUGAGAUAAGAAGCUAGGCUAGGCUAAGCUAGCAUUAGCAGUGACCGGCAGUGAGUGAGAUAUACCCACUGGAAAUCCUACUGGUAAUUGUCUCUUGUUUGAUGAAUAAGAAACAAAAACAAGGCUAGAAAUCAGCUGUGAAAUGUCCGGUUGGCCCCAGAAGUGACUCACUUAACAACCUCAUACAGAUCAUAAAACUUUUAAAAGUAUGUGCAAGGUGUAACAAUUAUUCACCUUAGAAACAUUUGAAUAAUAUAAUGCCUUUUUUGUUACUUUUUAAAUAUACAAAAUGUUUUAAUUAAAACAGGACAGUUAAGAUUGAACUGUUGCUUUCUUAAACGUUGCAGAAGUGUGCCGUAUAAACCACUGACAUGUUUUGGUAAUAACAAAAUGUAUGACUGGAAAAACUGUUAUCGUGCCAAUUUUUAAAAUGGGAAGCCAGGAUUCUGUGCAACUACAGACCUAUUGAUGUUUUUCUGUGACGUCAUACUCCCAGAUGGGGGCAAGAAUCAAUUUUUUUCUCAUUGAUUACAUUGUACUUUGCCAUGAAAUAUCCAAAAGGUAAAUUCACAAAUGUUGAAGCUGAUAAAUUCUGUUAGUGACUGAACUCGAGAACAGAAAACAACAGAAAUCAGAUUUUUAACUAUAUUAAUUUUAGCAGUCCCAAGUCUGUAUUAAAUAUUGGUCUAUAGAAUGACAUGAUGCCAUCUGAAAAAUGUCAGGUCAUCUCUCCUGAGGCAGUUGGCUGUUUCUAUUUUCAUCUCCAGGAUAGAGAACAGUGUGAAAACUCUUUAGGACAAAUCCUCUGUUGUAAUCUUCUGUUGUCCCUUAGGGGUCUGACCUGGACCCAUUGCUGUUUAGUAUGAAUUAUAAAUGAUUUGCCUUAGAUCUGCUGUAGCUUUACAUCAGAGUAGGCUGCAGAUGUGAGUCAGAAUUCAGUACCUCAUUCAAAAUGUGUUUGAACGACGCAUUAAAGCAACUAUGUAAUUUUUAUGUUAAAUUUCAUAACCAUGACCUAUCUGUAUCCCCAGGUAUGAGUUAAACGUGUUCAAAUCAAAUAUAGCUUUUACUGAUAAUAAUUGCAAUGCUGAUUUAUUCAAUGCUGAAAUCCUGUUGUUUUAAAACUAAAAGGCCUCUCUGUGACCUUAAUUGUCGCCAUCUUUAAACCCCAGCACUUACAGCGAUUAAUCGGUGCUAGUGCAGCUCAUUGAGUCAAAGAGAUUCUUACAUCUUACACAUGAGGCAUGACCUGUCCAUAUACAGAGAAUGACAAAACUUGGUUCACGUGUGAUUGUAGUAAGAUUUUAACUCUGUAAUAGCUCGGGCUUCAUAGAGUUCCUUAAAAUAAACAUCCAAAGCAGUAAAAGCAGUCCAUAUAGUUUCAAAUGAAGCCAUGCUGAAGGUUCACAGUGACUUGUAACAGCCUGUAAAUAUUAAUUUGAAUUUUGAGAAUGUUUUAAAGUAUUUGAAACUGUCCUGUUGUAAAUAUUUUUUUUAUAAUAUUUUUAACUGUUUUGUAAUUUAGUGAAAAGCCCAAACAGGAACAGUUUGCUCUACGCUCUAUGUGCAUCAGCUGUGGCCAAAAAUGACACAAUUAUUUGUGUGUGUGCUCAUUUUCAUUUAGUGGUUGAAAAUUUUAGUUGUUUGAGCAGUUUGUGCAUUUAGUCAAGAAACUUUUAAAUAAACUUUACAGAGACUCUACUUUUACUUUGGAAUAAUAUAUUUUAGCCUACAGUUUAAAACGGCACUCUUCCUUUUUUUUGUUUCUUGCACUGCUCCUGCAGACACAAUUACAUUUUUGUCCUUUUUGUGUCCAUCCUUGCUUUUGUGCAUUAUGUAAUGUUUUGUCCUUUCAAUUACUUAAAAUUAUAAAUCAGAUAUUACAUCCU